AAAUAUGACUCACUAAUAUUUGGAUGUGAAUUUGCCAAUAAAGCAUCUAGACUUGAGUAAAUAUUGUGUACAUUUAUUUUUUAUCUUUAAUUUACUUCUGCAUACGUGGUAUUUUAAGUUUGUUUUAAUAUGCCAAGAAAAAUUUUGUGUUUAUUCGACGUGGAUGGUACUUUAACAAAACCCAGAAAUGUUAUAGAAUCGGAUUUAUACACAUUUUUAUUAGAAAAGGUAAAGCCGCAUUGCCAUUUAGGAUUAGUAGGUGGAUCAGAUUUUAAGAAAAUAGCUGAACAAAUGAAGGGAGAAGACGUUAUACAUAAAUUUAAAUAUGUAUUCAGCGAAAAUGGACUUGUUUAUUAUAGAAAUGGUGAAGAAGCUGGAAAACAAAGUAUCCAGAAGUUUAUAGGUGAAGAUAAGUUACAAAAUUUCAUAAACUACGUAUUAAAAUACCUUUCAAGCAUAACUCUACCUAUUAAAAGAGGGACAUUCGUCGAAUUCAGAAACGGUAUGUUGAAUAUUUCACCAAUAGGUAGAUCAUGUUCCCAAGAAGAAAGAGAAGCUUUUUAUACAUAUGAUGAAGAACAUGGUAUUCGCAAAACUAUGAUAGAAGCUUUGAAAAAGGAAUUUCCAGACUUAGAUUUAACUUACAGUAUAGGUGGCCAAAUUAGUUUUGAUGUUUUUCCUAAUGGUUGGGACAAAACUUACUGUUUAAAACACUUACAAGAUGAAGGUUUCGAUGAAAUACAUUUCUUUGGUGAUAAAACUGAUAAAGGGGGUAACGAUUACGAAAUAUACACUGAUAAAAGGGUUAUUGGGCAUAAAGUUUCAGGUCCUAAUGAUACUAAAAUUAAAUUAACACAGUUAUUUAAUUUAUAAAUGUAAUAAAUUUUUUUAUUGGUAAAAAAUAAUGAGAAAGUUUAUUACUUACCAUAAAAAUGUAUAUUUUAUUAUGUAUUUCUAAAUAAAAUGUAUGAAAUUGAAAA